AUGAUAGAAAACAAAGAAGUAAAAGAUAUAGAAUUGCUUGUGUAGAAUAAACAUAUCAACAAUUAAAUUGAUUUGGAAUCUUAAAAAUCUAAUGAGGAGCAAAGUUAAGCUGGAAUGGAUAAAGAAACAGCUUUCGAUUCUGCAUCUCAAAAAUCAGAAAUGGAAUACUCUUCUCAUGCAAAAUAAUCUGCAAUAGUGAUUGGAAAUAUUAAUAACCAAUAUCAGCAAUUUGAAGAUGUAGUCGAAGAAAACAAUCCUUAAACUGUCAUCGAAUAGACCGCUUUAGAAAAAGAUUAAAUUAUCGAGGGAAGUUCUUUAUUAGACUCAGCUUAGAGAAACUUUGUUAAGAAAGUCUUUUGCAUAGUUUUCUUUUAACUUUUAGUGACAUCGAUUUUUAGUGCUCUCAGCAUGUAUGUUAUCCAUUUCUAAAGCUUCUAAGUUGAGUAUUACGCUUUACUCUUUGUAGCUCUUGGGCUCAUUAUAAUUACUUAAAUUAGUGUUUUUGCUUCAAGGAAUGCAGCUAGAAAAGUGCCACUCAAUUAUAUUUUGCUUUUAUUAUUUACUAUUUCUUGGGCAUACUUAGUUUCCUUUUUAUGUGGUGGGUUUAGUAUUAACUAAGAUGGAACUUAUAAUGAAAGGAAUCAAACAAUUAUUUUCCUAUCAGUGAUAGUGACAUUUAGUAUUGUUCUUAGCCUUACAUUUUUAGCUCAUGCCACAUCUAUUGAUUUCUAGUUUAAAGGCACUGUUUGCAGUGUCUUAGGCGCAGCACUUGCUAUUAUUUCUGUUCUAAUAUGUAUUGGAUUUCCUUUUAUCUAUAUCACAUACAGUUUAUUGUCAGGUAUUACAUUUGGUUUCUACCUCGUAUUUGAUUUACAUGCUAUAAUGGAUGGAAAAUACGAAGACAUAAGUUUAGAUGAUUACAUUAUAGCCUCAAUGCUCAUCUAUGUCGAUAUCAUUAUGCUCUUCUUAAGAACUUUAGAAGUUCUCUCUAGAAUUUUACCAAGAGAUUGA